GUUUAUUAUGCUGAUUUACGGUCUAAUAUCCGUCUUAUCUCUUUGGAUAUUCUUUAGUAGAUGUAGUAUGAUGAAAGGGAACGUUUUAUAGUGUUUUUAUUUCCAUAGAACAAUGUCAUUUUGCGUGACGACCAGAAAAGUCAAUUACAUGUCUAUUGAUGCCAAUCUGGCCCCCUGCUAGUCCUGCUGGCCAGCGAAGAGAUGCCUCCGUUUGAUAAGAUCGCCGACCAGACGGGCCACUUGCAGCUGGCUGAGGAUGGCACCAUAAUAACGUCUGGCGGUGCGCUGGAGAACGACGAGGCGACUGCGGCUCGGCUGAUGCAGCUCAUCACUGCCUCGGCGGCGGACACCCAGCUGACGGCAGGCGGACGGCUCCGUAAACUCAGCCUUGUGUACGAGGACUUCGCCUACGUUAUUUGCUUCUCAAACAAGAUCUACCAUAUCGUGAAACGUAGCUUGGAAAAGGGAUCGCCUACUCAAACUCAGCCUCUGUGAUCCGAUGGCGCCAUGUCUCCGCGGCGGGAGUCGGUGCCACGUGAGCGGCACUCGUGCACCACGUGCGCCGUCUCCUACACGCACCGCACCAACCUGGAGAGACACGUGCGCGAGCGCCACUCGGGCCAGCAGCACGUGUGUGACCGGUGCGGCGCCACGUUCACGCGCCGCUACCGGCUGGAGGCGCACGUGCGCACCCACGACGGUGGCGAGGAGCCGUUCCGGUGCUCGCUGUGCCCGGCGACGGCGGCCAGCCGGGCGGGUCUGGCGCGCCACGUACGCUGCCACGCGGCGGCCGGCGGCGGUACCGCCUGUCCCGACUGCGGCCAGGUGUUCUCGCACUACUGGCGCAUGAAGCUGCACCGGCGCCACCACCGAGCGCCGCGCUUCGGCUGCCAGCUGUGCGGCCGGCUGUUCCGCCACAACCGCGGCCUGACCGACCACCUGGCGGCCGAGCACGGAUCCCCGCCGGCGCCGGCCGAGCCGCUGCCGAUUGAGCCCGAGCUGGGCCUGCCGGCCGACCUCGGACUGCUGCUCGGCACCGACUCGGAGCCGGAGCCGACGCUGGGGCCGGCGCUGGGACCGGCGCCUGACUCGGAGCCCGAGCCGGACUCGCACCCCGGUCUGGGCGCCGAGCCGCUGCUGCCCGAGCUGCAGAUCGAGCUGGACUCCUCGGAGCUCGGCGGAGAGCUGGGUGCCGAGCUGGCCCAGCUGCUCGGCGACGGCGUCCGCAUGGAGGUGCAGCAGAGCACCGACACCGCCGCCGACGAGGCCGUCAUGGUCAUCACGCUGGUGGAUGAGUGAUCGGACAGGCCGGUGGUGGGGGAGUCGGGCCCUGAAAGGCAGGCCAGCCGGCGCGGCGGUGAGAUGCCAGACGCCUUGUGCCAGUGACGACGUCCAGUCCUCUUCUCUGCCGUGGUUAUUACGAAUCACAGCUGCUGGAGAUUGUCGACUGCUGGGGGGUGUCAAUAUGCUAUACGGCGCUUCAUGACGACAGAGCUUUGUGGGGUGACUGGCCUGCAGUUGAUCGUGCCAAUGACGCAACGGGACGUUGCUAGGCGUCUGUUGCGCUCGGCGCGAUGUUAUACGGAUGUAUAUUGUUUAAUACUGAUCUGUAUCGGUUGAGAUGAAAUGUGGGUAGCGAUAGACAUUGUUCCAGGGUCGCAUUGUUUGUACACGGGCGGGCUUCUAGCGCCAGUUAUAUAUGGAUGGACUCUGAAGCAAUACAUAUUUCCCGUCACG